UACUUCCUGUUGUAGGAGGCUCUGUAUAUAAGUGCCUGGGUAAUGUUGGGGGGAUGUCAGCCCAGUCUAGGAGACGCUAGCGAGCUAGCUCUCCCUCCCUCCUCUGUCUGCCUUCCCAGCUCCUGGGGUUUCCCUAGAGACCACAAUGAACAAGUUCCUCUGCUGCACGCUUGUGUUCUUGGACAUCUCAGUUAAGUGGACCACACAGGAAACCUUUCCUCCAAAAUACCUUCAUUAUGACCCUGAAACAUCUCGUCAGCUGUUGUGUGACCAAUGUCCCCCAGGAACUUACCUGAAACAGCAUUGUACAACAAGGAGAAAGACCCAGUGUGAACCCUGCCCCCAUCACUACUAUACCAAUAGCUGGCAUUUUAACGAGGAGUGUCUAUACUGCAGUGGAAUGUGCAAAGAGUUGCAAUAUGUGAAACAGGAGUGUAACAGCACUCACAACCGUGUAUGUGAAUGUGUGGAAGGACGGUAUCUGGAACUAGAGUUUUGUCUACGACAUACCAGCUGUCCCCCAGGAUUUGGUGUAGUACAAGCAGGAACCCCAGAGCGAAAUACCAUUUGCAAAAGGUGCCCAGAUGGAUUUUUCUCAAAUGAGACUUCCUCUAAAGCAGCAUGCAGGAAACACACAAAUUGCAGUGCCCUUGGUCUCCAAAUGGCAUCAAAAGGAAAUGCAACUCAUGACAAUCUCUGUAUUGGAAACAUAGAAGCAACUCCAAAAUGUGGAAUAGAUGUUACUCUAUGUGAAGAGGCAUUCUUCAGGUUUGCUGUUCCCACAAAGUUUACCCCUAAUUGGCUCAGUGUCCUGGUGGACAGUUUACCUGGUACCAAGGUAAAUGCAGAAACCAUAGAAAGGAUAAAACGACGACAUAGCUCUCAAGAACAAACCUUCCAGCUGCUCAAGUUAUGGAAACAUCAAAAUAAAGAUCAAGAUAUGGUCAAGAAAAUUAUUCAAGAUAUUGACCUCUGUGAAAACAGUGUGGUGAAACAUAUUGGGCGCUGGAACCUCACCUUGGAACAUCUCCAUAGUCUGAUGGAAAGCUUACCAGGGAAGAAAGUAGCAAUGGAAGAUGUUGAAAAAACUAUGAAGUUAUGCAAAUCGACUGAUCAGAUCCUAAAGUUGCUUAGUUUGUGGAGAAUAAAAAAUGGUGAUCAAGAUACUCUGAAGGGCUUGGCACAUGGACUGAAACACUUAAAAACGUACCAUUUCCCCAAAGCAAUCCUUCAGAGUCUAAGGAAGACAGUCAAGUUUCUGCACAGUUUCACCAUGUACAGAUUAUACCAGAAGUUAUUUCUAGAAAUGAUAGGGAACCAAGUCCAGUCAGGUAAAAUAAGCUGCUUAUAACCAGCCAUGAUCUUCAGGGUAGAGUUCAUGUAUACAAUGAGAUGAUGGAACAUGUGAGUAAAACUUUUCCUCUCUCUUCAAUGAGGCACAUCUGGAUGGGUGCUUGGGGAUGCAUUCUCUUGUGUUGGGCCAAGAUGUGACCAACUGGUGAAUAAGUGACUACCCUGAUAAUGUGCAAGAGACAGUAUACCCCCUAAGUUCAAUGCACCCCAACUUAUCAAUUCUGUUUUCCCUUUUACUGCUAGAAGUAACUCAACUGGAAACAAUAACACGGAAAGAAAGUGUUUUUACUUCAUCAUGCCUUACUAUGUAUGGGAAUGUCUAACUGGGAGAACUUGGAGUUUUCAGCAGUCUUGGAUGCUUUUAUCCAAAGGCCAUUAUAUAUAAAAGGUCCAAAUGUGCUGAUAACACUAAUGCAGUAUUUGCUAUUUAUAUUCAUUCAGAUAGGAGAUUUGUAUAUAUUUAUCAUCUUAAAUGGGAAUUGUAUAAGACUUAAUUUUAGAAAGAGAAAUUUAUAUUCUGUUUAUUAUUAUGACAAAUGAAAGUGAUAAAGUAUAUAUUUUUUCAAUGGAGAUUAUGUAGCAUUUCCUAAUAGGUCCUGCCAUUCUCCUUCAAUGGAGUGUUGUUUAUAAUGUAAUUUUCACUGUAUAAGCUAUAAUAUCUAUGAGUAGGCAAAAUGUAUAAUUUAGCUGAGUUUUUAAUGUGGGAAAAAUGUGUGAUAUGUAAAUUAUCUGCUCUGAGAAAGUGAAUGUAUCUUAUUUAAAAGAUUUUAUGAUUUUUCUUGAUAAAUCUUACAUUAAA